AUGCAUUUCCAAAUUACCGGCAUUCGUCUAUCACGUGUUUUAUUUUCUGGUCUUAUUUGGUGGAAUUUUUUCAAAAUAAAGAAUGAAAUAUUUGAAUAUGAUGAAGAAAAUGAAUUUGGUGUGACUCGUAUUGACAUUGUUCCCAGCUCUCUUAAAGUCUACAUAAAACAACUGAGAAUGCUUAGGUUAAGAUGUUAUACAGUCGAUGAAUACCUCCUGAACUACAUAUUCCCCUUACAUUCAGAAAACUUUGCUAUAAUGAAUUCAGAGCAUAACUUAAAAGAAAAUUAUCAUUUCCAUUUACUAGUAAAUUAUAUUUUGCAAAUUACGACACGAUAUCAGCGCCUUGCAAAAACUAUUAAGGGAGUUUCACUGACAGACAACGACUGCUUGUCAACAGACCAGGGCUGGAUUUGUGCUAUGUGUUCAUUACGAUCAAUUCAUAAACGUUACCUUGCUUUAGCUCGACUAAGCAAUCCAGUUAAUUUUGGACGAUCAAGUGAAGGCACCUAUCUAAUUGUACUAAUUAUAACACCAACAAAAGAGAAAGGCACAAAAAGCGAAAUAGAAGUUGGCAGGACAUUCGCUACAAUACUGGCCGAUCCCGAAUUCCGUCAGGAAAUAUUAUUUGCGAACAAUGAGAAUGAAGUGAAAUUACUUUUAUGGGAAAGAGCGCAGCAGUUGGCAGUUCAACAAUCAACAAACAGACGUAGGUCGUCACAAUUCCAUGGCCUUAAAAAUUUGAAUAUCAGUAUGAGUUCUCAGUCAAUGAUUGGAAAAGGAAUUUAUUCAGACCUUAAACGUAAAAUACCAUAUUAUUGGUCUGAUAUAACAGAAGGUUGCUCAAACACAUUAACAUUUUUCGUAUGCUUAUCUAGUUUCAACUUGAAAAGUGAAUUUAAAAGUCAUCAUACCGGUGAACUCCAUGAAUUCAUGUCAGGAUUUGUCUGCAUUCCUAAUCUUCCAUUAACUCUGUACGGCCAAUUUCACGUAUGUUGGCAACCAAAAUGUUUAUGGAUUUCAGAUGAUGUUUUGCUUAAUAGUGAAAAUGGAUGA